AUGAGAACCGGGCCAACGUGUCAUAGUCCAGCCCUCCACACCAGGUCACCCAUCACAGAUGCCUUCAGGGGCCUUCAAGCACUUCCACAGCCUCCGGAGGCCUCUCAGGCCCAGAGCCAGCCAUCGCCAGCCACAUCGGGAAGCCCCGCCCACAAUCCCAGGCAGCCACUUCCAAUCGGUGCCCAGAGAUCCUCCAGGUCACCCCACAGAACUCUGUCUGCAGAGCUCCAAACGGAGCAGCUUAGCCCCCCUCCAGCCACCCCUAGCAGUGAUGAAAACCAUGCCAAAGCUCCUCCCACUCCACCGGUUAGCCCCUCCCACUCCCCCACCUUCCCCCUGACCUCGGUGACAUUCACCCCCACUGUGUCCUCCCAGCUCUACUCCCCCCUCUGCUCCUCUUCAGCCUCCACUUUGGGCUCUCUGGACCCUCCUGGCAAUGCAUUUAACUUAUUCCCUACUCUGCCAUCGGCACCCCUCCCCUCCCAGACUCCACCUCCUGUGGAGUUAACCCCGCCCCCCGUUCAGCUGCUGGGCUCUGAUGACGAGGAGCAGGAGGAUCCAUCGGAUUACCGCAAAGGUGGUUACUACCCGGUGACGAUCGGUGACCUGUUCAACGGGCGGUACCACGUGGUCAGGAAACUGGGCUGGGGUCACUUCUCCACUGUCUGGCUCUGCUGGGACCUGCAUGUUGUUGCUCUUCAUGAACUAUACAAGUACAUCAACAAGUACUACGACCAGAUCAUCAUGUCCCUGGAGGAGGACCCGUCGGGUCAGAAGAUGCAGUUGGCCUACCGGUUGCAGCAGGUCGCAGCGCUGGUGGAAAACAAAGUCACCGACCUCUAA